AUGAACGGUUUGCUGUCAUUUCUUUUCGGUAUUUCAUCGAUUUUCUGCCUAAGCCACGAUUUAAUAUUUGAAAAAGGUGAGAGUGAAACAUUCUGGGAACAGUUAGAUAGCAAUGAUUAUCAGUUGACGGUUGAGCUAUCUAUUACAUCACCGGAAAAUGCAUCUCUGCGAUACCGUAUAGUGGAACCGAACAAUUCCAAGAGAUUUGCGACGUAUCAGGAUGUACCUGCUCGUAUGGCUCCCUCUAAGUUUACUGGUAAAGGUUUGUAUGGCAUAGAAAUUUUCAAUUUUGAUGCCAAGCCGGUCCUGUUCUCUUUGUCGACCUAUGUUGACAAGGAAGUGGAAGUUGAUGAAAACACGACGUAUAUUAAAAAUAUACUGGAGAAGUUGAAGAUGGACUUGAGAAACUUGUACAAUUCUAGCAUGCAAUUGAGUGUUGACAAGCGUAAUAUCAUUAGAGAUGCCAAGAAGUCGAGAACAAAGCUGAUAUGGUUGUGUAUAUUGCCUUUAGGCUAUGUUGCGGUCGGUGUUGUUAAGUACAGAAUGAUGAAAAGUAUGUUUACCCCGAAAAAAAGGUAAUUAAAGGUAUUUUUACGUGA